ACACAUUAGACAGAUUAAACUAUCAAGCGAGGGUUGUAAAAGUUAUAAUCCUUGACGUGCAGCCUUGGCCAACAAGAAGGUUUACUGGAUCUGCUGUGAUGUGUCCGUGAUUAGCGAGAGCACCAAAAUGGGAAACAAUCACUCAGAACAGGAGCAACAAAGCAAGGGAAACCCAGAGACCAAACAAGAGAGUGUGCCAAAGAAGAAAGAUACAGAUGUAUGGAGUAGCUUUCGAAAUAAGACCAAGGCCCCUACACUGUCUCCACCAACCGCUUUUAAGCCUGUGCCUCCAAACCUUUUCAAGGGAAUUCCUCAUGAUUUCACAUCUGCCGUUGGCACAUCAACAUUCUACACAAAGCAGUUACUAGUGGAGACUCCACAUGAAGACAAAAUACCUGUGGACUCUAGUCCAGCAGUGUCCACAUUUUCACCCCAAGCAACUUUUACACCAAACCCAGUUAGGGUACCAAAGGAGCCAAGCGCUUACAAUAUUUCCUGGAACCGCCCUGAAGUUAAAAGCCCAGUUCCAACCCACAUUUCUUCAUUUGUCUUCCCAUCAGUAUCAGACAACACUCCUAUGAAAUCAGAUCUUCCUAAAUCAGAUUCUUUGAAAUCAGUUCCUCCGAAAUCAGAACCACGGAAAUCAGAUCCUUCGAAACCAGUUCCUCUGAAAUCAGUUCCUCUGAAACCAGAUCCUCCGAAAUCAGAUCCUCAGAAAUCAGAACCACGGAAAUCAGAUCCUCCGAAACCAGUUCCUCUGAAAUCAGUUCCUCUGAAACCAGAUCCUCCAAAAUCAGAUCCUACGAAAUCAGAUCCACCGAAAUCAGAUCCACCGAAAUCAGAUCCUCCGAAACCAGUUCCUCUGAAAUCAGAUCUUCCUAAAUCAGAUCCUACAAAAUCAAUUCCUCCGCAAGCAGUUCCUCAGAACAUCGCUUUAGCAUCUCCUACAAGACCUGUUGCUCUUUCAUCUCCAUGGCAAAGUAAUCCCCCCCAAAUCCCUAAGGAGGUCUGGCCUGAACCCCCAACACCUGUGAAACCGGCCUCGACUCCAGAAACUGUCUUAAGGGAGGCUAUAGCCAGCAUCUCUCAGGAUGUUCCAGUGCCUUUCCUUUUUACUGCAUCCACCCCGGAAAAAACACAAGGUCCUCCAAGAUCUGAAGUAGCAGCGGUAGACCAUAACAUUACUUCAGCGGAAAUAAGUGAAGAAUCCUCCCUGUGCUCUGAUAACACUGUGGUCAACAACACAGAGAGUGAAAAUGAUGACAACGUGAACAGUCAAACAUCUUUUGUGAUUUCUGAACAAACCCAUGCAGAAAUUAUGUCCAGACUUGCAUAUGUGGAAAACCAAAAGUGUCUUCCUGAAUCACCAGUCACUCAAAAGCAGGCAGUGGUGCAACGAGCCUUAAAUGGAGUCUCUUAUGCAGAGGCAGUUAAAAAGUCUCAACCAAAGAUCAACGUUGCCCGACGUGAAGCCAGAGUGAAAUUGUUGAAGAAAUUGAGGUUAUCUAAAUAUGGUGGAAAAGAGACAGAAACACAAACAGAUGACAACUCUGCUGAAGAAGGUAGCACUGUCCCUCAACAAACAUGCGACAUCUCCUCUACCGAUCUACUUCCACUAAAAGGUGCACCAGACCAGAGAGUUACACCAAAAAACAAAGCAGCUACUGAGCAGACAACACAUCUCAACCAAAAUGAAAAAUCUGCCAUCUCCUCUAACAUGAUCAAACUGGAAAAAGUCCCCUCCCUGGAUAAUGCAACUAAAAAGCUAGAACAGAAGACAGACAAUGCACCAUUAAAGAAUACCAAACCAGACCCCAAUUUGAACCAAAAUCCACCGACAAUACCAAAAAGAAAUCAAUCUGUAAGAGCGACAAAUCCCGCCCUGAGAACCGGUACACCAAAGACUGUACUUUGUCAAGAGCACAAUGUAAAUUCGGCUCCAACCACAGAUCUAACAGACGAAGCACAAAUGAGAGACAUUCUGAAGGCCAUACGUGGUUCACCUUGUCAAAUCAGUCAAACAGAGCUAAAAGCUGCUCUGCAAGCUGCAGGUGUCCCAACUUUACUGCAAGACAGAGUAACCCAGCUGAGGGUUUCCGCUCAAAUAUCCAGAACUGAGAGAGGAAAGGUGAAGGAAGGUUUUAAAUGUGUGCCUUCGCAAGUCAAACCUAAAUCAGGCCCCAAGCAAGUUCCUGCUUCCACUGAAACUCCACAAGAACAUUUAGACUGUUCUGCUGCAAAUGUCGAUCACAGUGAACUUUUAAGUUCACUGAUCAUCACUCCAUAUAGGCCAGCCUUAUCUUCUGUUUCUAAUUCCAAUUGUUUGUCCACAACAGACAUAUUAAAUGCCAGAUGUGACAAACAAAGUGCAGCAACAAUUGAAAUUAAACACUUGUCUCCAAAAUCCAAAAUGACCAAAAAAGAAGAUACAAAUACAGAAAAUGAAGAAAAGAUGCAGGGCCCAAAACCCUCAACACCAUCUCCACAGCCUCUCCCACGGCCUGAAGGUCGUUGGCACCCUUUCACCACAGAUCGGUCAUGUGUGCAGAGGGUUCGCUGUCAGCACCGGGGGAAUGGCAAGCUGCCCAAGAAUGUAAUGCAAUGGUUGAAUGUAAGUCGGAACUACCUGUGUGAGCCCUCAUGGGUCACCACAGCAUCACUGGCUGCUUCAAUUGCUCUGAGUGUACGACUGGAUAGGGAGGAUUCCCGUCAGUAAACCAACAAGACAAUAAAAAAUGACAUGUUUGUAAAAACGUAGAA